GAGCCUAUGGGAGCGGCGCUACCCGGCGCGGGGUGGAUUCUGCCACCGCUUCUCCGUCGGCCCGGACGGGUGCUGCGCGGCGGCGCCAGGCGGUGGCUGCGCCCGUGGUGGCGGCUGCGCGGCCCGGCCCCGGGUGCCCCGGCCGUGAGGUCCCCACGCGUCCCUCGGCGGAAGAUGCGAGGCGAGGCGGAGGGCCGGCUGUGAGCAGCGGCGGGGGGACAGGCCCGGCGCUGUCCCCGGAGCGGGGCCGGAGCCCCCCCUCAGGCCGGCGGGCGGCGGAGGAUGCGGAUCGGGCCUCCUCGCCGAUGAGAGGGAGGAUGGGAACCCAGGGCAGCCCGGUGAAGAGCUACGAUUACCUCCUCAAGUUCCUGCUGGUGGGGGACAGCGACGUGGGGAAGGGAGAGAUCCUGGAGAGCCUGCAGGACGGGGCCUCGGAGUCCCCCUACGCCUACAGCAACGGAAUUGACUACAAAACCACUACUAUCUUGUUGGAUGGCAGAAGGGUCAAGCUGGAGCUCUGGGACACAUCAGGGCAAGGAAGAUUUUGCACCAUUUUUAGAUCCUACUCCAGGGGAGCCCAGGGAAUUCUCUUGGUGUACGACAUCACUAAUCGCUGGUCCUUCGAUGGGAUAGACCGAUGGAUAAAGGAAAUAGAUGAGCAUGCUCCAGGUGUCCCCCGAAUCCUGGUGGGAAACAGGCUUCACCUCGCCUUCAAGCGGCAGGUGCCAACGGAGCAGGCCCGGGCGUAUGCAGAGAAGAACUGCAUGACGUUUUUUGAGGUCAGCCCCUUGUGCAACUUCAACGUCAUAGAGUCCUUCACAGAGUUGUCCCGUAUCGUCCUCAUGCGGCACGGCAUGGAGAAGAUCUGGAGACCCAACAGAGUGUUCAGCUUACAGGACCUGUGCUGCCGAGCCAUCGUGUCCUGCACCCCAGUCCACCUCAUCGACAAGCUGCCGUUGCCCGUCACCAUCAAGAGUCACCUGAAAUCCUUCUCGAUGGCGAACGGGAUGAACGCGGUGAUGAUGCACGGCCGCUCGUAUUCCUUGGCCAGCAGUGGGGGUGGGAGCAGCAGCAAAGGUAACAGCUUGAAGAGAUCCAAAUCAAUUCGUCCUCCCCAGAGCCCCCCACAGAACUGCUCGCGCAACAACUGCAAGAUCUCUUAGCAGGAUGGACACGCCGUGAGCUUCUAACGAAUCCACACCCACCCACCGAUGUACAGCUGUUUGCACACUUAACCCUUUUGGACUGGAUCCUUUCGGAUGGGCUGCGGUUGCUUUUUUCCAGUGGCGAGCACAAGCGCUGGGAGUGUUCUCACGUUUUGGCUUCGCAUCCGAAGCGUGGUGCCGGCUGGGUCUCGCAGCGCUGGCGGGGAGAGGACUCUGCCAAGUGACCCUCCAAGAAUGCUUUGGGCUUUGCCUCUCGGCCUGGGGUGGAAAAUUCAGCAGCUGCUGGGCUGGGGAGGGGGGAAGGGGAAAAAAAGCUCAUCCAGUCUCAAUGGAGAAAUGGAUUUAAUGGAAGAUUGAGAGGCUUAAGGGAGUAGGCAAGGAGAGUCUGUGCUGCAACUUUAACUCUUGGACUCCUGAACAGAUUGCUGGUGCAAUAGUGAUUAUUGGAUGUAGGGAAAAAAAGAGAAGAAAUGGGGACGGGGCUAAUGACAGUUUAAUGACAGUUUUCACCAGGAUGUUAACCUGCUGUUGCCAAAAAAAAAAAAAAAAAAAAAAAAAAAAAAUCAAGGCAAGAGCUGGCCAGUUAGCAAGGGGAAGAAAGCAGCCUGCUUGCCUUCGUUUAUUUAUGUAAAUAUUAUACAUAUAUAUAUAUAUCUCACUUGUUUUUUAAGGGUUUUUUUAAGAAGCAGUCAGGGAAAAUUUUUUUGCAGCCAUGUAAAUACAAGCACUGGAUUAACUUUCCCAGUGCCAGCAAAAGGAGAAGAGUGGAGGAUUUUCUGAUGAAAAUAUCCAAAUGCUUUAAGAGACUUUCAAUCACCACCUGGGCUUGCGCUGGGUUUUUUUAAAGUACUACAUAUGCAGAAGGAAAGAACAAUUCAUGUGUAACAUACCCCAAGCUGCUUUAUUCCAGUUAUUCCCUAAAACUUGUGAGUGCCGAAGGGAGGGUAGGGUGUCAGUGGAUCGAGGCGCAGAGCGGAGAGGCUGGGGUCUUGGGGUUUGUUUUCAGCAGGCAGGAUGAAGAGGCAGCUCUGAGGUCAGACUGAUGCCUUGCUUGCUUUGCACCUUCUGAUCCUCAGCUGACUGGGGACUGAGGAGCAGAGGAUGGAAGCGUUGCGCCUAAAGCAGCAGAAAAACACUGAAUUUUGUCCCUUAUCACUGCAAGACCUCGGCCGUUGCCUCCAGAGCCCUCCAUCCAUGGCACAGCCCUCUGGACCCUGAUGUGACACCACCCUGUGCGACAGCACCUGAAUCUUGGCCGCUUCUUGCUUUGCUUUUCCAAAGACUUUCUGCCUGAGCUGGUGCUGCUGCGGCUCCUGCUGGAUGAAAGUGGGGAAAGGACAGAAGCAAUUUUUCCCACUGGAGCGUGAAGGAGCAGGGACUGGGAAGGUGAAAGAGGUUUGUGUAGGAAAACAGUGAUCCCCAGGUCCUGUCGUGGUGAAUGCACUUGGCUCUCAUGGCAGUGCCAGGGAGUGGGGGAAGCAAACGGCUUUGCUCUGUAGGACUGCUCCUGGUUUUUAGAGGGGCAAGAGCUUGAGAUGUGAUCGUGCUGUGGGAGGUCGUGAGUCAGGCAAGGGCACGUGCUUCCCUGGCUUCAUCCCACGGCUGAGCUGUGCUGGAAAUUCACCUGGAAACAACAGCUAACUCUUAUUGCAAAAGCUAAGCAGGGUGUGACAGUGGGACUAAGCUAUGUGUGAACAGAUUCUUGUAGGUGGCCAGGAUGUGUAGAUGGUGAGUAGUGUGGUAGAAAGUGAACUGCUUUUCCUUGUGCGGGGCUGGUCUGUCCCCAGUGAGGAGCCCAGCCGGUGCAGUGCUGCCAUCUCCCUCCCGCUGUGAGCAACACCUCUAACUCUGGGCUCGCUCUUCUCCCCGCCUCAGCAGCUUGUUGCAUUGCAUGGGCAGAAUGAAGCCGCAGUGGCUCCUGUGCGGUGGACAGACCCGCUUUGUUCAGGCAGCGUGCGGGGGCACAUCCCUCCACGGGGGACAUCUCCUUCCCCUCGCUUCUGAGACAACCUGGGAGGUGAAGGAGCUGUCCCCCUCCCUGCUCUGUAGAACAAAAUACAAUGCAGGGGUAGGUCUCUUGGCUCGUCUCUCGCGUGCUUUAUUGCCCAGCUUAAAUGAGUGAGGAGAGAAUUAAACCCCAGGCAGAUGGAGGGAGAGAGAAGAAUCCUUUGUAGUGGUGGUUUGGCUCAAGAGCAAAGCCGCAGCCGAGCUUGGCGCAGAGGCUGGGGGCUUUGGAGAACCUGUCUGGGAUGGCUGGCACCUGUUUCCCAUCACUUAACACAGAGCAGAAGACAAUCGCUGGCUCAGCAGCCCGGGGAUAUACGGCCAACAGGUGAUGGAGAUGCUCCCCGGCACCCUAAAGGCGGCUUCUCCUGGAAAACGUCAUCUGGGCACCGCGAGGCCCCUUCGCCGGGCUGCUCCCAGUGUGUGGGGCGAAGAGGGACGAAGGUUUCUUUCCUGAAAUCACAAAGCUGCUGCAUGUCUAGAAAAACUUGAUGUACCUCUGCUUGGUUUGGCUUUGCCACACGUGACACCUCCCCAUGCCUUUUUCCCUGUGCUUGAUUCUUUUAUUUUUAAUUAUUUUUUUCACCCUAAAAGCUGUCAACAGAUCCUGUCUGGAGUGAGGAUGAAAGAUUUACCUGGAGCAAUUGCUCAGCAAAAAUCCUUUUUUUAAUUUAAAAGGAAAAGAUUCUUGCAUCUGAUGUCAACACUAGUCUGUAGCUGCUCUCCAACACUUGUACCAUUCCUGAGCUGUUUUUUUGGACUGUCCUUUUAUUUUUUUAUUCCUUUGUACAGUCAAUGUUGUUCAACUGAUUAUACAUGGUUUUGUUUUGUAUAAAUUAAAGUCUUUUUUUUGUUUUGAA